CAGCACAGAAGGAAAACACUGAGCUUCAGAACUUCAGUAUAACCCUGAGCGUCUAACAAAAUCUGCUGCUGAAAUGCUAUAAUAAUGGAAGAUUUUUGCUGAUGCUUAUAACAAUCUAAGUUUGGGCAAAUAAACACUUUUUUGCUGUUUUGGGUUUUAUGACUAUGUUGGAUACAAUCAACUGAGACCUGUCAGUUUUGUUCCUUCCGAGCUGCUUUAAGUGGAUGUAUGCAGACUGAAAACAUGGGUUCAAGAAGGCUCAUGAACCGUUCACUCUCAGGUGAUGGAAGGUAUUACUACAGUGGCAAUGAUAUCACCUCUCAGAAUAGCAGGGGUGGCUGUAGGAGCUACCUGAACAGUGUCCGACCUGAACGCAGGAGCACUCUUUGCAGUGUAAUGGCCCAAUUAGCUGAGGAGACACAGCCAACAUUUGAGAGCACCUUAAAAUCUAAAGCUGUGUCUGAAGCAACUAAUGUCAAGUUCAUCUGUAUGGUCUCAGGUAUCCGUCCCACCAAACCAAAUGACUGAAUGUUUUUAUGUAAAUGAAUGCUUUUAAUAUUGUUAAGGUUGUCCAUUAUUCUCUAUACACGUUUAGGUCAUCCUGCUCCUGAUGUGACAUGGUACAAAGAUGAUGAACAACUGGACAGAUACUGUGGUCUCCCCAAAUAUGAAAUUUUACAUGAUGGGAAGACGCAUACGCUCAAUAUUUAUAACUGUACUCUGGAGGAUGCUGCAAUCUAUCAAGCAUCAGCACAAAACAGUCAUGGCAUUGUCUCAUGUUCAGGGGUGCUGGAGGUUGGAACCAUGAAUGAGUACAAGAUUCAUCAAAAUUACUUUGCGAAACUCAAACAGAGAAAUGAGAACAGCCUUCGUGAGCAGGAAGAGCCCUGCAAAGCAGACAAAGACAAUGUUCCAAGCAGUCCUGACAGAACCCAGAGGAAUCGCAGGUCCUCCAUGGAGACAACCCCGAGCUUUGCGGCUUCCAGCUCCUCUGAAGAGAAAGAAGAACUGAACGCUCUUAGUAAAACACCUGCAGUAGAAGACAGGCUAAGCACUCCUGUUCAAGUACCUGAAUCAACCCCUAUUCACUUCCCCUCUGACUCCGAAAUGAUCCCAAUUGUAGACAAAGGCAACCAGGCAUAUAUCCAUGACACGAUGCACACGGCCUCCACCAAACAGACAUAUAAUUAUGCAAAGAAGAUCAAAAAAAGAGAGGAAAUGAAAGAAACGGAGGUGAGGAAUGAGAAGAAUCCUUCUGUUGAGAAAAUGGAGGUACAAAACACUGUCAUUCAAAACAACGUGGACAUCAAAUUGAAACAAAAUGAAAAACCAUCGAUGAAAGCGAGUAAAGGUGCUACAGAUUUAAAGAAAACACAAGUUGCUUAUAAGCCCAUCACGACCCCAAGACAUCCAGCAUUGAAGGUUACCAUGGCAACCGAGACCAAGAUGGUCAAAGACACAAAGCAAAUGAAAUCGUCUGACAACCAGAAAAGUCUAGAUAGAAGAUCCCCUCUUAUAAAACUACAUUCCCAGCUUCAAUCUCAAAAUACAAAACAUGUUCAAAACCAGAGGGUGGAGAAUGGUACGCCAAGCUCCCCAGACAACAAGCUCAUGGAUUUAGAUGACAGCAAGAGUAAACUAGCAGCAGGUACAUGUGUGAGAAUCCUGCCUCAUUCUUGUGGUAAGGGUGACGUUAAUACGGAUACAGGGGACAGGAAUGUGUCUGUACACUCUCCCAGAGCCUCGGCUGGGGGUGAUAGUCACAUUGAGCCCACAGAGCCAGAAAUUUGUGGAAACAUUCCUUCUUCGUCGAGGAAGGUGGCCAUGGACUUAAACCAGCCACCCCCACUGAUGCAUGACGUCACAUCACGUGUUACGGAUACACUUCCUAUACUCGGUUCCCACCACCUUGCCUCCCAGGGACAGAAUGAGAUAGCAGAAGACCAGUCCGUGGUAUUAACAAACAACAGUAUAGAGCAUCAUAAACCAGAUAUAGAAAGCACUGAAAAAAACUCCACAAGUCACGUUUCAAACUCGCUUCAAGACGGCCAAGUUACAACAGCUAUGAAUUCCUCCAUGGAAGAGGUCACAUUAACCAAGAACAGUGAGAAGGAUUAUAAAGAUGGAAACCUAAUGAUCAAAAGAGCAUCUGUCAAACCCGAGGCUAAAAUAAAAUCUGUGGCAACAUCUUUGAAUGGAACGGAGUUGGAUGAGAUGGGAAUUAAUGCUGACAAGAAAAAAGUAUGUAUUAGUGCAAAUGUGCAAGGACAGAAAAGCAUUUCUAAAGAAAAGUCUACGGGCUCAAAGCAUGCUGUAUCUCUAGUGACAGAAUUUGUACAAACCCAUAGCCAUUCAAACAUGUCAAAUCCAGAUGUGGUGCAAUCACAGAUUAUGAAUGACUCCUCAAACGCUAAAGCUCUCAUGAAACAUACAAAGGCACUAGAGUUUCAAAAAGAAUCUCAUGUUGCCACAGACAACGUUUCUAAAAUGGACAUACAAGAACAAGGACAAAGUUACACUGCAAAGAAUGAGAAACAACAGUCUUUCACUUCUAAAGCUUCAACUAUUGACAAUGAUCCUGAAGCAGCUCAUAUCGAUUCCCCCACAAUCCUCUCCCAAAAACAUCCAAAAACCUUACUCUCAAAUUUUACCAUUCCUGCCAUUUAUGUUACAGAUGUUGACAGCACAUCUCCAAAUACAAAAACAGAAAACAUGGAAUGCUCGAGUCCUGUUUGAAAAUCAGAGAAUGUUAAAUUCAGUGCUAAACCUAAUGUGCUAAACAACAACAACGCUGUCAGUCAAAAAGUGAAUACAUCUGAUCACACAGACAACAUUUACAAAACCACAGCCACUCCAGAAUCUGUCGGGUUGCCUGAUGCAAAGGUUGAUCUUUCCUUGCACCCACAAUCCUCUGCAGGCCUCAACCAGCCUCAACAAAAGCCACUUUGUCAAGAAAACUUCAUAAAAACUUCGGUAAGUCAGCGUUCCAAUGAGAGUAUUGCUUCAGACUUUACUGGACCAGUCGGGAGGUGUAUACAACUUAGCAAUGCAGACAAAAGCAAAAAGGCAAAUGAGUCAGACCUGGCUGAAACCAAAUGUCCCCUAUUGUUGGCAAAGACAGAUUCUAAUCUAAAAAUCAAAUCGAAUUCUUUUAUAAAGCAACUGAAGUCUGCUGCAUUGGACCUUGAGCUGUCAAAUCAGAGAUCCACCAGUGUCACGUUACAUGAUACACCCCAUAGAGAUUCUGAAGGCAAAGAUAAAUAUAGACAAACAAAUUCUGAAGUAAAACAGGGGGAGUCUGUUUUGCUUCAAGGAAGUAACAAUUUAAAUACUGUCGUCUGCCUACUCAGUCCAUCUUCAGAUGUAACAAUCCCACUCAAGACUACAGAUGCUCAGAUCUGCACCGCUAGUGAGCCAAACAAAACAGAAAAGAGGGAUGUGGAAAAAGCAAAUCAAAAAGACACAUAUCAGGAGCAGAUACUACCUUUAAUGCCACAACCUGCAUCUCCAUUAAAUUUAGUUAAUGACUCUCCGUCAUUGGAAAAAAACUCCCCUCGUCUCACCCGGAGGGUCAUGACAGCUGACCUCGCCAAGCUAAAUGGAAAUGGGAAUGUUAAGACUAAAUCAUCAGACCGAGACAAAGAAAACCAGUUCAAAGUUCCCCAAGUUAUUCGUAAAAUCCGUCCAGAGGUAUUUGAUACAUCUGGCCAUUUAAAACUCUGGUGUCAAUUUUUUAACAUAGUGAGUGACUCAACAAUAAGGUGGUUCAAGGAUGAUGUGGAGAUCGCUGAAAUAAAGAGGAGUGCAGGAGAUGAAACUCAGCUGUGCUUGGCCAUCAUGCAAAUGUCCAAACGAGAUUGUGGGGUUUACAGGUGUUCCAUAACCAAUGAGAAUGGCCAAGAUUCCACCGAGUACCUUCUCAGUACAGAAACAGUUUCCAGUAUGUUCCUACGUGAGGAGCUCCAGGAAGUUGGGGAGGAGAUUGAGAUGACUCCUCUGAUCUUCAGUAAAGGUCUUGCUGAUGCAGGCUGUUGGGGCUCAAAAUUUUAUGGGCGUGUCACAACAGAAGAGGUUCAGGUUGGAUUAGGAUGCAAGCAUAAAACCAGACGGCUGAGGGUGAUCUAUGGGUUGGAUCCAGUGUUUGAGUCAUGCAGCUCAUGUUUAAUGAAAGUGCGAAGCCCUAUUGCAUAUGAGAGCAGAGAAGAGACUGUUCUGGCUGAGAAGAAUCUUCAAAUAACUAAACAGGUUUGUAGAAUUCAGAACAUGGCAAGAGAGUAUGUUAAGAUCUUUGCAACAGAGACAAGAGAAAUAGAGAGCUUCGGUUCAGCACUGGAGAUAAUCCCUUUAUACUUUAUGUACCGGCCGGCAAGCAGUGUUCCAUAUGGAACGGUGGAGGCGGAGCUUAAGGGUGUCUAUUUGCGUUAUUGCGGAUUGGACCACAAUGGGUCACUAGUAUAUAACAACAAGUCGGAGGUGGCGCAAAAGUGUUCUUCUUUCCAGCACUGGAUACACCAGUGGACAAGCGGCAAUGUGCUAUUCUCCAGACUUGAGGGAGUUGAUACAAUAUUAACAAAUAUUGAAGUAGUGACUAAGUCAAAGGGGCAUCAGGGCUUUCCCUGUGAGGCAAAUCCUAAAGUUUUCGAACAAUUCCCAACUGAACAUCAGUGUAAUUAUUUUUGUGGUCUUCUAAACCUCAAACCUCCUAAACUCCCAGAAAUGCUUCAGACUGUUAGAUACAGAGGCUCCUCCAGUCCCCAUACACAGCGCAAAGCCACAAAAAGCCCCAAAGUAUCUCACAGGUCAAAUCCUCAGACCUCCACCUAAAGCUUAUGUGUUCAGAACAUAGUAAAAACCAAAGGAAAUGAUGACAG